AUGGCCCACGCACGACCUUUGGGUACGUUCAAGCUUUUGCUGCUUGCCCCCGCCACGUCGUUCCAAUUAUUAUCUUUCAUGAUGCAACGUGAAAGUAUCCAGCCUAUUGUAACAGUCGCUGUUAAUGGCCCAGACCCUAUUCAAGUUCCAACACCCCAAAAUGGCGAAAACUUAGAGAACGCUAUUUUCCAUUACAUCGAUGUGGAACCCCGGGUUCCGGAGGAGUUAUGGCUCGAUAAGCAUAGCCAGGAAGAUCAAGACCGAAUAGAUCGCGAGGGCUAUGCGUUCGUCGCUUCGAACCCACAUUUAUAUGGCCCUCAGUUCCAUAUCCCCGGAUAUAACUUAGAGUAUAUAAACGGCUAUAUUAUAACAGGUCGAACUAUGACCUGCGUUGAACGGAUUACCGCGCAGGCUAUCGUUGACGACACUGUCAGUCGCGAUUUGGUUCUACACAGCAACGCCCUCUACUUCCUGGACCCCGAGCGCGUCGACAAGUUUCCCGUGAUGCGUGGAUUCAACCAGCGCUUCUGCGGAUUCUAUGUCAUGAAGCUACAACUCAACCGUGGGAAGAUCACCGGAUGGAGAAGACAUAUCCCGCUUUCGAAACCUGCCACGCGCCUAAAACCUAAAACCGCUCACAAAAAUCAGGAGGCAGAGACUGCGGAGGGUCAAGAAGCGGCUGUUAUCGGCGUACUAGAAGUGUGA